ACAAAAGUCCGUUGCAGAUAAGACUCGUUCUCAAAUCUUUGUCUUUAACAGCUACUACUCUUCUUCUAGCUCUAACAGUUACUCCCCACACGUACUUCUUCACCGUAUUUUUCUCGACCUAUUUCUUCUAUUUCCAUGGAGAAAUAAUCAAAUUCUCCAUAAUCGUAACUCAUAAAAAAAUACCAAACAUCACAAAUACUGAGAGAAUUUCGUUGGAGGAGAGAGAAAGAAGAAGAAAAAGAAGGUGAUGGAUAUGUAUACGAGAGUAGAAAAACCUAAAGCUGAAACUCCGAUUAAUGAAAAUGAAAUUAGAAUUACUACUCAAGGUCGUAUGCGCAAUUACAUCACCUAUGCCACCACUCUUCUCCAGGAGAAAGGUUCAGAUGAAAUUGUACUCAAGGCAAUGGGUAGAGCAAUCAAUAAAACUGUGAUGAUUGCUGAACUAAUUAAGAGAAGGAUUGUAGGUCUUCACCAAGACACAUCCAUUGGAUCAAAUGAUAUUAUCGACAACUGGGAGCCAUUAGAAGAAGGCCUUAAUCCUGUUGAAACAAAGCGUCAUGUCUCCAUGAUCACGAUCACUUUGUCAAAGAAAGAGCUGAAUGCAUCAUCUACAGGAUAUCAACCUCCUAUUCCUGCAGACCAAGUGAGGCCAUCAAAUAAUUUUGAUAUUGAAGGAGAGGGUUCACCUACUAAUGUGAGGAGAAGGGGACGUGGUGGCCGAGGUAGGGGCAGGGGAAGAGGAAAUUACAAUGGACCGGGGGACUUUGAUGGAGGUGGUUACUAUGGUGGCCGUGGAUAUGGUGGCAGAGGUCGAGGUCGGGGCAGAGGUCGCAGCUUCAGGGGGCGAGGAAGGGGAUUUGCUCAAGGAUCUGGUGGCUAUUAUGAUUAUGGUGAAAUGGAAGUACCAGUUGCUCAAGGACGUGGCCGCGGGCGUGGCAGAGGAAGGGACCACCGUGGUCGAGGUUUCAGGGCUGAAGGGCCACAACAUGUGGCCGCAGCUUGACCAUCAUUGGAGGGUACAACAUAUGAUUUGCAGUUGGAAAAACAUGAUAUCGGAUGCCUGCUCUCUUGUCUUGUGUUGGUUGCUACUUCUACUCAUGGGCAUUUCAUCUUGUUUUAAAGAUGUGGAUAGUGCUGAUGCCACCAUGGCAUGCAGCUGUGGUUUUGUAGGUCACAGAAUUAGGAAUUCUCUUAUUUGUUGCUAAUCAAAUUUUCCCCUCUCCCCACCCCCCUUCUUCAAACACUCAAAAAAAGGUUGUAACUAUUUAUUUUUUCUCUUUUGCGUAUAAGUUAUAAAUUAUAAUAAUAGAGCAGUACAUUCUUUUAUUCUUAAA